GCCCGCAGCAACAGGUGGGGCCGGGCGGGAUCCGCCACCGAACCGGCACCGGCACCGCGCCCAGAGCCCGAGCGAAGCAGCGCCGCUUCCCUUCAGCCAUGGGAGAGGCCUUGCAGGAGCACCCGGGGGCCGUCCUGCUGCCCAGGAGCUGCUGCCGCCCCCGGGGAGCUGCCAGCAGCCAUGCUGAGCUGGCUGCCUGCAAGAUGACCCUCACCACCAGCACCAGCACACCGGCCCCCAGCGUGGCCCAGGCUUUCUUCUGCCUCCUGCUCUGCAUCCCCUGGGGCAGCUCCUGCCCCCCCAGCUGCCGGUGCACGGAGCGGGCAGGGGCCAAGGCCGUCCUCUGCAGCUCCCAGCACCUGGAGGAGAUCCCCAAGGACAUCCCCAGAGACGUGGUGUUCCUCAAGCUGGAUGCCAACAGCAUAACCAGGAUCCCCAGCAAUGCCUUCAGGCACCUCUCCCACCUGGAGGAGAUCGACCUCUCCAGGAACGCCAUCGAGAAGAUCGACAGGGCAGCUUUCAGAGGGGUGGCAGCGGGGCUGAGGAGCCUCGACCUGUCCGGCAACCGCAUCCGCAGCAUUCCCAAGGAGGCCCUGCUGGCUCUCAAGGCCAAGCUCCGGCUGGCCAACAACCCCUGGCACUGCGAGUGUGCCCUGCAGGAGCUGCUGUGGGAGGCGCGGCUGGACCCGGACUCCGUGCGGGACAUCACCUGCCACACGGCCCCGCGGCAGGAGUACGUGGGCAAGCCGCUGCUCCAGGUCCUGGACGCCGGUGCCAACUUCUGCAGCGUGCGCCAGAGGACCACGGACGUGGCCGUGUUCGUCACCAUGUUCGGCUGGUUCGCCAUGGUCAUCGGCUACGUCGUGUGCUACGUGCGCCACAACCGGGAGGGCUCCUGCGGGCACCGGGACCAGCUGGGGACACGGCCGGGCGCCCAGGCCCGUGCAGAGAGCACCAGCACUGCCCUGUAGAGCAGGGCUGGGUGCCAGCUUCAGGCUUCUUCACAGGGAGCCCGUGGGCACCUGGUGGGCAUCAAAGCUUCUCGGCGGGAUUCUGCAGUGCUUUCUUCGGCUGAGUGCCACCAACCCCCCUCCCCAGUGACACUGGACUGAGCGUGAGCAAACGACGCCGGGGAGGGAUCCAGGGACACCCCGUGUGGGCCUGUUCACAGUGACCACGUUCUGGGGACAAACAGCCCCAGCCGGAGCUGGGCUUGCAGGGAAUGCAGCCGCAGUCACACGCUUGUGGUUGGGAGACAACAAGGCAGGGAGAGAUGGGCUGUGGGGCCAGGCGGUCCCUGGGGUGCAGAGGUCACUGCAGAGGGGUCACCCCAUCCUGGCUCCAUUGAGGCAUCAGCCUUGCCAAGGGCAGGACAGCCUCCCCACGGCCCUCACUACCAGGGGAGCUCCAAAACCU